AUGAUGUCCCUGGGUGUCAGUAAAGGAGGUGUCAUUGCACCCACGGAUGAAGACCGCAGGAGGAUCAUCAAGCAGAUGAAGGUUCGCACCACCCUGAAAGGAGAUAAGAGCUGGAUCCAGCACCACAACUCCGACUCGGAGGAUGAGAAGAGCAGCCCGCGGGCUGGACGGGCUGGUGGAGGAUCCCCAGCCUCCAAACCCCCUGCUCCCCAGAGCAACAGGUCUCCUGCCUCCAAGCCUCAGUCUGGUUACCUCAUCAGAGGGGUGUUCACCAAAACCAUUGACAAGACUUCUUCUGGACCAGGCUCUUCCUCUUCCAAUGGAGCACAGAAAAGCACUGCCACAAAGGGACCCGGCGUGGGACGGUCAUCUUCUGGCUACAGGAUGACCACUGAGGACUACAAGAAACUAGCUCCAUAUAAUGUCAAGCAAAAAUCAGUGGACUUGGAUGAGGAGGACGUGCCCUUCACUCCAGAUGAACACAAGAAGAGGACAGAGGCAGCUAACAGUGUCCUGAGGAGCACUGCCAGCAGGGAACGUGCCUAUGUCCUCUCAGCAGCCAAGAAGAGCAAUGGCAGCCCAACACAAGAAUUUCCACCUUUGGUUGCCAAGAGGAUUGAGGUAGAAGAAGAGGAAAGCCAGCAGAGGAGAAGUUCAACUGUGUCUGGAUCAUGCAGCUUACCAUCAGAUGACAGCAGUACUAAUGGGCUGAGAAAAACCUCCUCUGGCUCCUCCUGGAAUGAGCAAAAGCCAGCAGCAGUGUCUCCUUCCAGCCCUGACACAGGCAGUAAGAGUCAAACCAUCACAUCCUUUACUGAAACCACAGAGACAAUCUCCAUUUCUACUAAAAUCAGAAAUGGUGAGAACAGGCGGGCCCCUGAUGGGAAACCCUCCUCUGAGGUGGUGUCACAGCAUAGGGAUGGUCAUCCUGAGCACACAGCAGCCAGCAAUGGAUUUCACCCACCAAAGUCAAGCUUGCAGCCUGAUGCCCCUCCUCCUCCUCCUCCUACUGGGAGCACCAAUCUGCACCUAGAGAACACAGAAUAUUCCUUCAGAAGGUCUGUCCUGGGCUAUGAGGAGAGAAGCAGCAGCCAGGAGAGCAGAUACACGAGUCCUGGGGUCCCACCAUACCCCAAGCCCUACUGGAAUGAAACAAUGUCUUCCCAAGAUUUCAAAGAGGGAAACACUCCCAGAGAAAAGGGCCAUGAGAGCACAGGGACUUCUGCUGGCUACAAACCAGAACUGGUCCAUGAAGGGGUUUUGGACUCAAAGAACCACAGUGAGAAGGGCCAAGACUCUUCUGACCAUGAUGUCCACCCAGAGCCUCCCAGGCUGAAGGAACAUUCUGAGUAUGACCUCAGCAUGAGUAGGUCCAGCUCUCUACCUAGAGAAAGCAUCACUACUGCUCCAGAGACUCAGCCUGCAAAUGAAUCUGACCCAUCCCAGGAAAGGAUCACUCCAGCUUGUGAAGAACAAACUCACCCUGCCCCAGAGAGUCACCAGGAGAGCACAGCAGACUGGAGGCAAAAUGAGUCCAGCUCAGUGGCAACCAGGUCUAACUUCAGCUCAGCUGAGAGCUCUCUUGGUGUGUAUGAGGCCCAGCACCCCAUGCCAGACUACAUGGACCGCCACGUGCCGGCUCCCAGCCACAGGAUCCCAUCCUAUGCGGACAGCCAAGCGUUCAGCUCCAGGAGACCUGCCCCAGAUUAUGAAGGCAGAGUUCAUGACGGGAGAAGCAGCCCCAGGAGCAGCAGAUACGACACCGCCCGUGGCCACUGCGACUUCAGCCCCGCAGCCACAUGCUACGACUCCCUUCCCAGAGACACCAGCAUGUCCUUUGGCCAGAGAAGCCACAGGGUGCCGUUCUACAUGGACAGCUUAAACUAUAACAGCAGCAGGCUUCUUUCAAGCUCAAGUGAGAGGAUUUGUGGUCCAGCUGCCACCUUGCAGCACAACAGCCCCCUGACCUCUGGGUACCAGCUUGACUCCAGCGCUGCCGGAAGAGGGGUCCUCUUUGUGAAGCAGUACCUGAACAGCAGUGGCUCCUCGGCCUCCCCACGCUAUGGCAGCGGCAGCCUCGUGGACUUGACCAAUCCGGAGAGAUCAGCCUACAGCCACCACAGCUACCUGGCCAGUGCUCCCCUGCAGAGGUCCAGUGACCCUGUCUGCACCUACUGCAGCCGAGAGAUCCGGGACUGUCCCAAGAUCAUCAUAGAGCAUCUGAACAUCUACUGCCAUGAGUACUGCUUCAGGUGUGGAAUUUGCCACAAAGCAAUGGGAGAUCUCCUGGAUAAAAUCUUCAUCCACCGGGACAUUGUCCACUGUGACAAGUGCUAUGAGAAGCUCUUCUAGGGUUUUGCAGAGCUGGAGGAGGGCUGCCAGCAGGAAGCCCUUAGCAGCACGUCUCGGAAUACAUCCAGCAGCUCCUGACUGCCUAAGCCAGCAGAAUUCCUGCUCCCCCCCCCAUCCUCUUCCCUCAAGUUCUUUUCCCCCUCACUGCUUCAUCACACUGAGGGAGUUGAAGAUCCACUGGUUUGUGCUGUCAGCUGCAGACACAACAAGUGCCAACGCUAACACGAUGCAGCAGCAGCGUCUCCAGAGAGCAGGGGGCUGGUUCUCCAAAGGUGCUGAGCCCCUUCUCCAGCCCCAUGAAGAGUCCAGAGUGCUGGGAGCCCAGCAGAGCUCCUUAGCUCUGAGUUAAUUCCCAGAAACCUU